AUGUUGCCGUUCAAGUAUCUCAUUUUGUUGACAGCUUCAAUAAUCAGUAUUCAAGGCGAACCAUCUUUGACCUCCGUGAUACAGGCUAAUACACCCUCGCCCGAGAUAGGCGCUGCUCCUAGCCUUACACCAACAUUUCGGGACCCUAAGGCACCUAGCCCACAAGAUUGUCCAGGCUAUAAGGCUACCAAUGUCAAACGAGACCUGAAAGGAGUUACGGCUGACCUGACUAUUGCUGGUCCAAACUGCCAAGCCUUUGGCAAUGAUAUUCGUGACCUCGUUCUUGAAGUACAGUAUCAGGCAAAAGAACGGCUCAAUGUAAAGAUUUAUCCCAAGCAUUUGUCUGAGCAAAAUAGAACCCAAUAUGUCCUCCCAGAUUCAAUCGUCAUGGAACCUGGUCGAGAUGAUAAAACGACAAUCUCCAACAGCGACCUGAGGUUUGAGUUCAGCAACUCCCCGAGCUUUCAGUUCAAGAUUACUCGUAGCUGUACCAGGGAGAUCCUCUUCUCAACAUAUGGGCAUGUGCUUGUAUUUGAAGACCAAUUCAUCGAGGUCGUGACAAACAUGGUACCAGACCACAACGUCUAUGGUCUGGCCGAGAACAUACACGACUUUCAUCUUGGACAGAACUUCACUCAGACCUUCUGGACCAAUGACGCCGGGAUAGAGCAUGGCAAUCCUAUAGAUGGGAACAUCUAUGGUGUUCAUCCCUUUUACCAGGAGACUAGGUAUCAUAAAGGCAGAAAUACUACCUCCCAUGGAGUAUAUGCUCGCAACGCCCAUGGCCAAGAGUGGCUCUUGAGACCCAAGACAUUGACAUACAGGACCAUUGGUGGUAGUAUCGAUCUAUACUUCCUUAGUGGACAGAACAAACAAGGAGGGUCAACUGCCAUUGAGACCAUGAGGCAAUAUCAUGCCGGUUGCGUGGGCUUACCUGCCAUGCAAAUGUUCUGGACUCUCGGUCUUCAUCAGUGUCGCUUGGGAUAUGACACCCUAGAAAAGAUCGAGGCCGUUGUUGAGAACUACAGAGCUGCCAAUAUUCCUCUUGAAGCCAUUUGGUCAGACUUUGACAUGUUCGAUGGCUAUCGCAGCUUUGCCAAUAAUCCAGUCACAUUUCCACCCGAUGAGAUGGCAAAGUGGGUAAAUUGGCUUCAUGAGAAUGAGCAAUACUACGUCCCGCUUGUCUGGGCAAACAUAUACCGCCCAAACCCCAACAAUCCAAAUGAUACCUAUGGCCCUUAUGAGAGAGGUGCUGAGAUCCAGGGUUUCAUUCGAGAUCCAGUAUCUGGUGAUUUCUACACCGGGAACAACUGGCCCGGCUUUGUUGUAUGGGGAGAUUUCAUGCUUCCAGAGGUGCACGAGUGGUGGGCCAAGGAGCUGAAGAUCUGGUAUGACAGCGUUCCUUUCGAUGGAAUGCUAAGCGACCUCACAGAACCUGCUUCAUACUGCGUAGGUCCUUGCGGAAAUGACCAUCUUGAUAUGAAUCCAGUCCACGUACCCUUCCUUAUACCCGGCGAGAAGUUGAACAUGUUUUAUGGCUAUCCGGCCGGUUUCAGCGUUACCAACGCUUCAGAAGCUGCCGAGGCAAAAGAGGCUGCUGCUAAUCAGUCAGUGGCCUUGGCGGCUACUCAUGUCUUUCAAGUUCCGAGUACAACAGCACUAGGACGGACUGAACCAACGCCCGGUGUCAGGAACUUGACUUACCCACCUUAUGUCUUGAACAAUCUGCAGCCUGGCCACGCCAUCGUGAGGAUGACCAUCUCCCCUGACGCAACCCACAAUGAUCCCCUCAACACUACGGAGUAUGAGAUGCACAACCUCUUCGGCAAUCAGAUAUCCAACGCCACGUAUUACGGCCUCCUUGAUCUAUUCCCCGGCCGUCGCCCAUUCAAUAUCGCCCGCGGCAACUUUGCAGGCAUUGGCCGAUAUGCAACUCGCUGGGGCGGUGACAACUCAUCUAAAUGGGGAAGCAUGUUUCUAUCCAUCUCGCAUGCUUUGACACAUAUGAUGGCCGGUAUUCCAAUGUUUGGAGUCGAUGUAUGUGGCUAUGCACACAACGCCAGCUUCGAUCUCUGUGCACGCUGGAUGGAGCUGGGUGCUUUCAUGCCCUUCUAUCGUAACCACAACAUGGGCGGUACGAUUUCCCAGGAAGCCUAUGUCUGGUCCUCUGUUGCUGAGGCGUCACGCCGCGCUAUAGCUGUGCGAUACAGUCUUCUCAACUACAUCUAUACUUUGUUCUACUACGCAAAUACCAGAGGCGAUCUUGUGAUGCGGGCUCUGGCAUGGGAGUUUCCAAACGAUGAGAGUCUUAAGGCUACAUAUUCCCAAUUCCUACUGGGGCCUUCCAUCUUGGUCACUCCCGUGCUUACUCCCAACUCCAACACUGUUCGGGGUGUUUUCCCUGGUAUUGGAGAGGGAGCUCGUUGGUAUGAUUGGUACACACUGGAUGAAGUUCAUGCCAAGCCGCAGGAGAAUGUCACCCUUGAUGCACCACUGGAGCAUAUCAACAUUCACGUGAGAGGAGGUUCGGUGCUUACGCUUCAGAAGCCAGGCAAUACCACAGCAGCGACCAAACGAAAUCCGUUCUCGCUGCUUGUGGCGCUUGAUGACAAUGAAUAUGCAGAGGGAAGCGUGUACCUGGAUGACGGAGUCAGCCUAGAACCUGAAGCCACAAAGAUUGUCUCUUACACUUUCCGAAAAGGGGUGCUUGUGGCAAAGACUAAUGGUACUUAUCACUCUGACUCUCCACUUGCUAACAUAACGAUUGCUGGACUGAGUAAAGAGCCGAGGGUUGUAGAAUUUCGCCACAAUGAGGAGUCUCUCAAGAGCGCCCCGCAUUUGGUAAAAUUUGUCAAUGGCACUGCAUACAUCACUGGUUUGGAACAGUAUACACGGGACGGGACCUUUAAGCAUGGCUUCCAGCUAUCAUUGAAGAAGUAG